UAAACCGCCGUAUGAGUGGAUUUUAACUUUUUCACUCUGGGUUAAAUUUUUUACCCAGGGAAGACAAAUGUUUGGGGUGCAAUUAUGAUGACAGAGAGAGCAACGGCAGUUUUAUAAUUAAAGCCGAAGGAAGGCGCUCACAUGGGGUUUGCUUCGGCCAUCAUGUGGCCGUUUGGGAAGACCGACAAAUUCGAUGAUUCGAGAAGGACCGCUGUCUUCUCGCUUGAUAUCCGGCCGGCUACGUGUUGCUGGCUGGCUGGGUGAGAGUAGGAAAGGAAUUAGGAAGGAACAAAAUAUGAUGACAAAAGCUUUACCUACCCCAUUCACAAACAACGUGUCACAGCCUGUAACUGUAAUUACGUUACCAAAACGAACCCCACUUCACAGCUGUGUUUUCCGCCCCAACGUUGCCAACCCACCCACUCUCCCUUCCCUUCCCUUCUACUCCAACUCUCCAAGUCUAUUUUUCGUUUUUACCGUCACGUUUCACUCCUGAAUUACUCCGUAACCAAUCAAUCUCAAUAACUCAAAUUUAUUACAAGCAGUGCUCGGAUUUAGUAUUAGGAAGUGAUUUAUUUGAGGCUCGCUACACAAAUGAAUUUUCACAAUCAAAAUUCAACACCCAACUUGCCGGUUUUUAUUUUUUAUUUGACUUGAAUCGAACUAUCAGCCGCAACGACUGGAAUAGUCAGGGGUCUCGCUGCCCGAUCAACGAGUGGGGUCCAGGGGUGUACGGGCUCAAUGUUAAGUGGGUUCGGGUUCUGGGUUUGAUCUGUAACUGUUUCUUUUACCAGAUUGGAUUAGGUUUAGACCCAGAUGGAGAAGUCUUUAUACUUCUCAUCUCCUCUGUAAUCUGUAAUCUGCUCUGGCAUCUCCUGCACGUGGACUAACUAAUACACAUUGUGUUAGUGAAUCACGUAAAUCGUGUGUCGUGUGCUUCUAUUUUUCGUUUUCUUACUUUAUCAAUUUUGUCGAUUUUCCAAUCCAUAACAGCACAAUAAUAAUACUUUUUCAUUGCCUAUUGGACACUAAUUUAGCGUCCAAUCCGGCACAAACAAGGAUGAACCUGAAAGAAGAAACGUUUACUCUAGCACAACAAUGGCUCCUUACCGUUGGAAAGACAAAAGAAUGGAAAAAAUAAAUAGUCUAUCAAGAAUGGUCCCCACACGCCGCACUUCCAGCCGUUUCCCACUAAUUGGAGAACCCUCUAUAAAUUGCGGUAACCCUCUCUAGCUGGAACUCACCGCUAACCCAGAAUAUCAAAACUCAACCAUCACUUCUCUCAUCAUUCAGAAGCUCUUCUAGGCCACAGCUCUUCAAAUUCCCUUUUCCCUUAAUUAGCAACAAUGGCCCAAGUAAGCUUCUCAAAGGCAGCUGCCCUCUCCGUGGUCCUUCUGGUCGCAUCUAUGGUCGCCCUUGUCUCCGCCCAGGAAAUGGCUCCUGCUCCCUCACCGUCGCUGGUCACCGGCGCCGGGUUUUCUGUCCCAGCGUCCGGCGCUUUCGUUGCCGUCUCCGUGGUUGUGUCUCUCAUGGGCUUGUUGAAGAUGUAGAGAGUUUUUACCUUUUCUUUGGUCACUUGAGCUUGUGAAUUUCCCAGUGCUUCCUUCUCUCCCUGUUUCUUGAUUUCAGAUCUCUCUGUCUCUCAUUUUUUUUCUUCUUUUUCUGGGUUUUGGAGUGUGGGUUUGGAUCUGUAUUGGAUCUUGUACUAGUUGGGUUUUUGGCCAUUGUAUGUACCGAAUCCGUUGAUCUAUAUAUCAUAUAUCAUCAUUAUUCAUUCAUCUCAUUGUACGAUACUGUCUUGAGUUUUAAAUUAAGCUGGUCCUGUUCGUCUUCAUUGUUCGGAUCUCUGCUACUCCGUUGGCCGGUGCCUUAUCGGUUUAUGAUUCUCUUCUCUGUGAACUUAGACGUGAAGAACAAAGCUAUUUACUAGCCAUGUAAAUGUUCCAGAGGACUGAUGGGUUGGUUGGUUUCCCUCCCUGUCACAGAUCAGGGUAUGAACUGAAGGGUUUUGAUUCUGGAUUUGGGAUGUAGAAUGCCUGAGUUUAUCAAUCUGGAAUCGGUGGAUAUUAUAGGUGUAACGGUGGAUAUUGAGAGGCUGUUCAUGUUCUUCAAUUCUCUGGACCAGUACAACAGUCCAUGUGGUACAAUGUGAUGAUAUUUUGGUGAAGAUUGGGUGGUUGAAAUGUUACAUCAAUAUCUAUGACACUUGAACAAAAAUGCUAUGACACUUUCAAAAUUACCUAAGUAUGAGUUUCAUUGAUGACUAUCAGUUUUGGAAUAAGCUCUGAUGUUAAGACAAUAAAAUUUAAGCUUCUGCUGACAUUAUGGUGAAAUUUGGGUCAAUUUACACUUUUUAUUAUAAUCAUAGAGAUGACAAGAGAAAUUAGUUAAACAACCACCUGCCCCAAACCCUCUAAUUUACACUAUUAUAAGAUGUGUAAACCCUCUAAUUUGCACUAUUAUAAGAUGUGUUUAGGUUCUUUUCUACCUCGCAAGUUUAUACAAGCUUCUCUAGGGGAAUGCGUAAUGAUAAGGGUUCUAAAAAAUGUAUGCCUUAUGAGCUCGUCUCGUCUUGGUUAUAAGCAGCGCACACGUUCACAACGUCUGUAACACCCUAGACAGUAGUAAUAAGACGUGUUUGUCGGCGAGGAAGCGUGGUUCCAAGCGAGCCGAACAUGCAAUUUGAGGGCUCUCACACACGGCUUAAAAUGACGUUGAAGUGUCUAUUUUCUUAAGGAGGGAUGGAGACCUUUCUCUCUUUCAUUUCUUUCGCUCCCCAACGUUGCUUGUCGCUAGGUCAAAGUUAGAGACAACUCUCUUUAGAGCAACAACUUCUUCCUUAUGUUGGACUUCUUCUCUCUCGACUCGUUGCUUCGUUUUAUUGCUCCUCCUUCUUACUUCCUUGUCCAGCCACACUAUGUUCUAUACUAUUGUAUGUGUUGUUGAUGAGGGUUUACAAAUGUGAGAUCGAGCUAAAGAUGUUAGUUCACGAACCUGUGAUUUUGAAAUUUGUGGGGUAUUAUGCUAUUAUUGCUUCCAAUUUUCAGACGAACUAAACACUAGACAUAAUUUGAGUAUUAAUCUUAUGUCUAUCGCUUUCUUAAACCCUUCUAAAUAACUCCAAUGUUUUUAAAAAUUAAGUUUCAGGAGAUAAAAAAAGACCAUAUGUAUGUGUUGAACAAGGAAAUUUCGGUUACCAAUCAAUGCGGUUGAAGUCAAUUAUUAUGUCUUCUGUUCAUCAUUUCGGUGUCCAUGUGGUACAAUGUGUUGAUAUUUUGUAGAACAUUGAUGAGUGGAUGGAAAUAUUAUAUGACUUUUGGAACAAAAGCUACGAUGGCUUAAAUUGUUGGCAAUCAUAACUAUAAUUUUCAAAAUUAGCUACGUAUGAGUUUUAUUGUUGACUAUGAGUUUUGGAAAUAAACCCAACUACUGCCCAAGUGUUAAGACAUUAAAAGUGAAAUUUGUUG